AUGGCGUCGAAGGCCAUAUACGAGGCGACCGGCAAAGAACUGAUCACCAGGCACAUAGCAGCCGGCACGGCGCUGGUUCCAUGCCGGUACGCCGUCUUCGAGCAGAGCACCGUCUGGGAGGACGAGAUCGGAAGGAACCCAUGGCUCACCAAGGAGCAACUGGUCGUGAAGCCCGACCAGCUGAUCAAGCGGCGCGGCAAGCUGGGCCUGGUGGGCGUGAACAAGAGCGCGGCCGACGUGAGGCGCUGGCUGAGCGAGCACGCCGGCAAGGAGCAGCGGGUGGGCGCCGCCGUGGGCAGGCUCAGGCGGUUCGUGGUGGAGCCCUUCGUGAGGCACGAGCCGAACGAGGAGAUGUACUUGUGCAUCCAGUCGGGCCGCCGAUCUGACACCAUCCUGUUCCACCACCAAGGUGGCGUGGACGUGGGCGAUGUGGACGCGGUCGCCCUCAGACUCGAGGUGCCUGUGGACACCGUGCCCACUGGCGAGGACAUCGACCAGAAGCUGCUGGUCAAUGUCAAGUCUGCCACGGUCAAGAGGAUAAUGACCACGUUCAUCCUCUCGCUGUACCAAGUGUACGUCGAGCUCCACUUCACGUACAUGGAGAUCAACCCGAUCGUGGUCACCGGCGAGCGGGUGUACCUGCUCGACCUGGCCGCCAAGCUGGACCAGACGGCGGACUUCAUCUGCGCGAAGAGAUGGGGCGCCGUCGAGUUCCCGCCCCCCUUCGGGAGGGACGCCUACCCGGAGGAGGCGCGCAUAGCCGACCUGGACGCGAAGAGCGGCGCCAGCCUCAAGCUGACGGUGCUGAACAAGUCGGGCCGCGUGUGGACCAUGGUGGCGGGAGGGGGCGCCUCCGUCGCGUACAGCGACACCGUCUGCGCCCUCGGCGGCGCCCACGAGCUGGCCAACUACGGAGAAUAUUCAGGCGCCCCCACGGAGGGGCAGACGGCGGACUACGCGCGCACCAUAUUCAGCCUCAUGUGCCGCGAGAGGCACCCCGACGGGAAGGUGCUGAUCAUCGGCGGCGGCAUCGCGAACUUCACCAACGUGGCGGACACCUUCCGCGGCAUCAUCACCGCCAUCGAGGCGUACAAGGACGCGCUGGUGCAGUACAACGUGACCAUAUUCGUGAGGCGCGGCGGGCCCAACUACCAGGAGGGGCUUAGGCAAAUGCGUGAAGUGGGCCAGCGGCUGCGCAUCCCGAUGUACGUGUUCGGGCCGGAGACGAACAUGACCGCCGUGGUGGGGCUCGCCCUCGGCCACUCGCCCAUCCCGCCCGACCACCAGCUCGACUACGCGCCGAGGCAGCUGCCGAAGCUGAAGCCGGUGAGCCCGCCGCCGCUGGAGCUGCCCGAGCUGACGUCGGCGCUGCUGGAGCGCGUGUGCGCGCAGGCGCCCGCCAGGGCGGCGCCACUCGCGCCGGGGGCGAAGCCCCUCUUCAGCGACCGCACCAAGGCCAUCGUGUGGGGCAUGCAGAACCGCGCCAUCCAGGGAAUGCUGGACUUUGAUUACAUCUGUCGACGCGCUGAGCCGUCGGUGGUGGCCGUCGUGUACCCGUUCACAGCCGACCACAAGCAGAAGUACUACUUCGGGAACAAGGAGGUCUUCAUACCAGUUUUCUCCGACAUGGACGUAGCUAUGAGGAAGCACCAGGAGGCGACGGUCCUGGUCAACUUCGCCUCGCUCCGGUCCGCCUACGACAGCACAAUGCAGGCCAUGCAGCAUCCGCAGAUAAACACUAUCGUCAUCAUAGCAGAGGGCAUACCGGAAAACAUGACGCGCAAGAUCAUCAAGGUCGCAGAUGCGAGAGGCGUGAACAUCAUCGGGCCGGCGACGGUGGGCGGCAUCAAGCCGGGCUGCUUCAAGAUCGGCAACACGGCGGGAAUGAUCGACAACAUCAUCGACAGCAAGCUGUACAGGCCCGGCAGCGUGGCGUACGUGUCCCGUUCUGGCGGCAUGAGCAACGAGCUGAACAAUAUCCUCUCGAAGGAGGCGGACGGCGUGUGCGAAGGCGUCGCCAUCGGUGGUGACCGCUACCCCGGCACCACGUUCCUGGACCAUCUGCUCAGGUUCGAAGCCGACCCCAACGUGAAAAUGCUGGUGGUGCUGGGCGAGGUGGGCGGCGUGGAGGAGUACCACAUCUGCCGCGCCAUCAGGGAGAAGCUGAUCACCAAGCCCAUGGUGGCCUGGUGCAUCGGCACCUGCUCCGACAUGUUCUCGUCCGAGGUGCAAUUCGGCCACGCUGGCUCCUUGGCCGGCUCGACCCUGGAGAAGGCGGCGGCCAAGAACGCCGCCCUGAAAUCCUGCGGGGUGACCGUCCCCGACUCGUUCGACACGCUGGGCGACGCGGUCAACUCGGUCUACCGCCGGCUGGUCUCCGAGGGCAGGAUCCUCGUCAAGGAGGAGGUGGCGCCGCCGAAGGUGCCGAUGGACUACGACUGGGCGAGGAAGCUGGGCAUAAUCCGCAAGCCGGCGGCCUUCAUCAGCACCAUCUGCGACGAGCGCGGCCAGGAGCUGACCUACUGCGGGGUGCCCAUCAGCCAGGUGCUGGAGCGCGGCCUCGGCGUCGGCGGCACCAUCAGCCUGCUCUGGUUCCAGCGCGAGCUGCCGCCGUGGGCCUGCCGCUUCCUGGAGCUGGUGCUGAUCGUGACGGCGGACCACGGCCCCGCCGUGUCGGGCGCCCACAACACGAUGGUGACGGCGCGCGCCGGCAAGGACCUCAUCUCCUCCGUCGUCAGCGGACUCCUCACCAUCGGCGACCGGUUCGGCGGCGCUUUGGACCGGGCGGCGGCAGACUUUUGCGCGGCCUACGACCGGGGCCAGCACCCGCAGGAGUUCGUCAACGAGAAGCGCGCCAAGGGCGAGCUCAUCAUGGGCAUCGGCCACAGGGUCAAGUCGAUCAACAACCCCGAUUCGCGAGUGCGCGAGCUGAAGGCGUACGUGACGUCACGCUGGCCCGCGUGGCCCGUCACCCGCUACGCGCUCGACGUGGAGGCCAUCACCACCAGGAAGAAGCCCAACCUGAUCCUGAACGUGGACGGAAUAGUGGCCGCCGCGAUGGUCGACCUCUUCCGCCACUGCCAGCUCUUCACGCAGGAGGAGGGCAACAGCUACAUCCAGAUGGGCUCGAUCAACGCGCUGUUCGUCCUGGGCCGCACCAUCGGCCUGGUGGGCCACUACCUGGACCAGAAGCGCAUGAAGCAGCCCCUCUACCGCCACCCCUGGGACGACAUCACCUACAUGUCGCCCCUCAAC